AUGGAAGCGGGAACCGCCCUCCGUCUCCAUUUCACUCUCCACACCCCCAUUUCCCAAUCAAACCCCACUUCAAAACCUAAAACUGCAUUCACUCUUUCAUCUUCUCCCUCUCGUUCUCAUUCUUCUACUGUUCACAGUUUCCUACGCCCAAAGCCCAAACGCGAUUUCCUCGCUGAUUGGGCCUCACAAAACGACGACGUCGUUCGCCCCCUCCCAAUCUACGUUGGAACUACCUCUCUCUUUGCCGUCCUCUUCAAUCGCGCCGUCUCCGGUAUAGCUCCCGUCGCCGAUGCCGGCAGUUCCCAAUCUAGAGCAGACCUCUUAACUUUAGGAUUGGCUGUCACUAAUAUUUUGGCUGGCCUUGUAUGGCUUUCCAUAAAACCCAAAUCUAUAGCUGUGGUAAAUCCUCAGGGAGCUGAAUGCAAGAAGCUGUGCGCUGCCCUCCCCGAUGUUGCACUUACUGAGCUGCUUUGGGUGUGGGAAUCUCUGUCAGAUGUCACCUGCUGCCGAUCACUUGUUAUUGUUUAUGAGAGCAGUUGUGUGCUUCAAUUUGGUUUUGCUGCAGAGUCUUUGCCUGGGAAUGGUGAGGUUGUAAGUGUGGACACCGAUAAAUUGAUGCAAGGAUCAGUGUACCAGGGUGUUGUGAAAUCUGGAACUCAGAGUUACUUGGCUAAUCUAUCUCUUUAUCCUGGGAAGUCUGAGCUACCAUUUCUGCCGUCAAAUACCCAGGCUGUAAUUUUACAACCACUUGGAGAUAAAGGAAUUGUAAUUAUUGGGGGUGACACAAUACGUGGUUUCACUACUUCUGAUCAGGCAUGGAUAACUUAUAUCGGAGAGAAGCUGGAUUCUACUCUUGCAAAAUAUGUGAAAACGCACCCUUCCUUAGUUACUUAA